GACCCAGCUGCAGUGGGGGAAGCCAUUGCACUUGCUGCCUUGACUACAGCAUUGGGUUCUGCUGGUUUCCACUUGGGACUGAGGAGCAGGAACGUAAUGGUUCCAGCUGCUCCAAUCAGCUUCAUAAAUCCGUCCUCAUUUACACACCUAUGAAGUCUGAAGCCUUAGAACAGUUUCCCUUCCUUCUGCAGGGUGCCAGGAGACCUGGUGCUGAAAUUUAGCCUGCAGAGGUGUCAGCCUUGUAUUAGAGUUGGUGUUUUUGUGACACAGCGGGACACACGUUGGUCUGGUGUAACUUGUCCAAGGUUCCCCGAGUCCUGGCAUCCAGAGAGGGGCAAGGCAACACUCCCCACCCUGGGAAGGAACUCUGUGACGGGGUAGCACUGCACCUGCCAGUCAUGGCCUGCUGUUUGCAGGGCCCAGGAGCCUUGAACCACAGACUGUCCCAGAGUGAGGCUCUGCUACUGCAGCUCCCUCCCCAUCCCAGUGUGAAGCCAAGCCUGUGAUUUCCAGGCUUGGUUGAGGGGAAAUGCACAGUCUUUACACACCGAAAUAUUGAUGAGUAUCUUGCUCUUGCCUUUUGUGCAAAAUGCCACUCAAGGCACUGUGCCAUCCUCUCUGCUGAGCUCACAGCAUCAGCCCACGACAAGAAAGGUCCCAGAAAACAUUGACUCACUGCAUCCCAGCAUCCUGCCAGGGGACGUGUCUGCAGUGAGAUCUCCUCAGCUGGAGCGAGGUUUAAUGGAAUGGAUCACUGUGAGGCUGUUUUACCUUCCCUGAGUGUGCUGCCACCUGUGCUGCCUGCCAGGACAAGGGCUGGGGGGCACUGGGAUCGCUGCCAGUGCUGGGCAGGACACAGCUGGAGCUGGGGGUUUGCAUGUGCAGGAGGAGCUUUCUGGAGAAGCUUUCAGAUGAAAUUGCUGAGAAUUUUUGCCUGAAGCAAGGGAUGUUUCCCAUGUUUAAGACAAGCAGUAACCUGCAGUUAGAAGGAAGAAGGGACUGAAUUCACUCCAGAAGUAUUUCUCCAGGAUCUUUUUUUCAAGGAGGCAAAAUGAUGGUUCCUGCCUUGAACUGGAAGGUUUUUAAUUGGCACGGUUUGAAGAAAUGUUGGUGAAAGCAAGAGAAAGGAGAUAGAUGCUUAAAAAAACCCUAUCUGAAUGGCACCUGAACAACCAGUUCAUUGCUGUUGAAAACUAUUUGUGGAGAGACCAGAGGAGAGGUCCUUGUCCCAGCUGCAGGAAAAACCUUAUUUAAGGGACCAAGAAAGAAGACAAAGAGGAGAAGGUGAGAUGGUCCCAGGAGGCUCUGCUUUCAGCAUAUGUCGUUUUCCGAGGCUUCUCUGUGCCGAAUGCUUCUGUGUCCCAUCUGCUACCACACCCUGAAAUCAAACUCGGCAGCUUAGGUGCACCAGGCACUGUACAAACAUGUCAGACUUGCCUCCACCCCUUUUUCUACUCCCGCUUUUUCCUGCCGUCUUUCUCUCUCAAGUUUAUCGGCGUGUCAGCGGAUUCUGGUGGCGGAGCAUUCCCACCUCACCUCUGGGCACAGAGCAAUGAGGAGUCAGGGCCCAGCAACACUGUCCUCCAAUCGGCUUUGCUGCAUGACAGUGGGAGAGUUUGCCUCCAGACCCUUCUUGCUCCUCUCCCUUGGAAUUGUCCACCACCAGCAUUGUUGCAACAGGACUGCCAGACACUAGUGCUUUAAUGCAUUUGGGGACAGAGCACUGAAAAACAGAAGAGAAAUUUGUGUUCCUCCGGUCCUGUAGGAAGAGUUCUCCUCCUCUCCCUCCCCUCUCGGAGCUGGCCAGAGCAGUUUGGCGGAUGAGCUGCGGGAGGACUUGGAAAUGAUGGGACUGGCUUUGCUGAGCCCGGGGCCGGAGCGUUCCCUCCGCUCCGGGCGGGAGGAAUGUAGGGAGCUGUGUCCAGAUCCGCGAUAGCGGCGCGAGGAGCCGAUGACCGAUCCCUCCCCCUGCUCUGGAUCCGCUGGCUGUGGGAUUUUUUUUCCCGUGCUCACUGGCAGAUGUGACAGCUUUGGGAACUGUAUCAUCCAGGAACAGCUAUAUCUGGAGUUGAAAAACCUAACGUGGUUUCCCAGGCAGCAGGAAUGGAUCGCUGAGAGAAUUUCAAUCUCCGACUGCUUUUGUCUUGUGUAACCAGUGAGAAGACAACCUGAGCCCUGUUCAUAACCACCUUUCAUUCCAGGCUUGUAGUGGCAUCAACACUCUCACUGGCUGGACUCCAGAGCCAUUUAACCUAGGCGUCAUGUUCCGCAAGAAGAAGAAGAAACGCCCGGAGAUCUCGGCUCCGCAGAACUUUGAGCACCGUGUCCACACCUCGUUUGACCCAAAGGAGGGCAAAUUUGUGGGCCUGCCCCCGCAAUGGCAGAACAUUCUGGACACGCUGAGGCGCCCCAAGCCAGUGGUAGAUCCUUCGAGGAUCACGAGGAUGCAGCUCCAGCCCAUGAAGACCGUGGUACGGGGCAGCACUGUGGAAGUGGAAGGCUACAUCUCGGGGCUGCUCAACGACAUCCAGAAGCUCUCUGCCAUCAGCUCGAACACCCUGAGGGGCAGGAGCCCCACCAGCAGGAGGAGAGCCCAGUCCCUGGGGCUCCUCGGGGACGAGAGACCCCCGGACAUGUAUCUCCAGAGUCCUGAAGCAGACUGGGCAGACAAGUAUGGGAACUACCUCAGCUGCAAUGGUGGCUCCAAGGUGGCCCGGAGGCAGACCAUGUGGCCGGACUACAAAGCCCGGCUGGAAGGCCAGUCCCAUCCCAACGGGAUGGUGACAAAAGCGCAGUCCCUGGGCCCGGCGGAGUUCCAGGAUGCCGACGGCAGCUGCCUCCAGCGCACCCCUGCGCUGCAGCACGUGCCGACUGUGCCGGGGGACAGCGACGCCGGGCCGAGGAGCCCGGAGGAGGGCUGGGCCCAGCGAGCAGCCGGCUCCAGGCCCUCGGGGGAGGGCAGCCCCAGCUCCAAAUCCCGGGAGAACAGCCUCAAGAGGAGGCUGUUGCGCAGCGUUUUCCCCUCAUCCAGCGCCUCAAACAAGCCGGGCUCUUCCCUGCAGAUCAAGCCUAACGCUUUCUUCAGGCCCCAGCAGUGGGGCUCCCCGCGCAGCCCCGCAGCCAAAGCCCAGUCUCUCCCGCCAGAUCCGCCCGCCUCCGAUUUCCCCAGGGGGGUCUCGGAAGCCGAGACCCCCCAGAAGUCCCCGCCAGUGGAGAAGGCGGCGGCAGUGCCCUUGAGCCGGCCCUCGCCAGCCGGGUCCCCCCGCAGCCGGCACACCCAGACCAGCUCCAGCAACCUCCACCUGCCCCCGGACUCCGCUGGGAAGGGGCAGCCGGCCGGCGAGGACCCCGUGGUGGUGACCCACGAGCAGUUCAAAGCUGCCCUGAGGAUGGUCGUGGACCAGGGGGAUCCGCGGGCGAUGCUGGAGAACUACGUCAAGAUCGGGGAGGGCUCCACGGGCAUCGUGUGCAUCGCGCGGGAGAAGCACUCGGGGCGCCAGGUGGCCGUGAAAAUGAUGGACCUGAGGAAGCAGCAGCGCCGGGAGCUCCUCUUCAACGAGGUGGUGAUAAUGAGGGACUAUCAGCACGUCAAUGUCGUGGAGAUGUACAAGAGCUACCUCGUGGGAGAGGAGCUCUGGGUACUGAUGGAGUUCCUGCAGGGGGGAGCCCUCACAGACAUUGUGUCUCAAAUCAGGCUGAACGAGGAGCAGAUUGCCACGGUGUGUGAGUCGGUGCUGCAGGCUCUGUCCUACCUCCAUGCCCAGGGGGUCAUUCACCGGGACAUCAAGAGUGACUCCAUCCUUCUCACGCUGGAUGGCAGGGUCAAACUCUCAGAUUUUGGCUUCUGUGCUCAGAUCAGUAAAGAUGUACCCAAGAGAAAGUCCCUGGUGGGCACUCCCUACUGGAUGGCUCCAGAAGUCAUUGCCAGGAUACCAUACACCACCGAGGUGGAUAUCUGGUCCCUGGGGAUCAUGGUGAUAGAGAUGGUGGAUGGAGAACCCCCCUACUUUAGUGAUUCUCCAGUCCAGGCAAUGAAGAGACUCCGAGACAGUCCUCCUCCCAAACUGAAGAACUUCCACAGGACCUCCCCAGUUCUGAGAGACUUCUUGGAAAGGAUGUUGACACGGGAUCCCUUGGAAAGAGCAACAGCACAAGAACUUCUGGAUCAUCCCUUUUUGCUCCAGACAGGACUUCCAGAGUGUUUGGUGCCCCUUAUCCAACAGUACAGGAAGCGCACCUCCACCUGCUGACUCUGCCUGAGGGGAAAUUGUGGGGAAAAAGGAAUGUUUAUAAAAAAAAGAAAUCUAGAAAAUGAAGAGCCCAGGUGGUUUCAUCCUGUGAAUGGUGCUUGGAACUUGUCAGCGAUGGUUUUAGAGGAUGAGUCUGAAUCCUGUCCCUGCAUUUGCAGCCUUCUGGGGCUUCUCCUUUGCUGAAGACAAUCAAUACAGACUAGAUCCAGGUGAGACCAAGGAUAAAGCGGGUAUUCCAUGCCUUGGGAAUCACUGCUGCCGGAGGAUGGCGUUUGAAGCGGAGUCUGAAGUUGUGUAUCUGAAUGUCUGUGAGUUUCUGCACACCUUGGCUGCUGACCACUGAACUGGAGUGAUGUUUCCCAGUCAGAAAUGUGAUCUUUGCUUCCUUCAUUCUACACUGGAGUCCUGUGCUGACUCAUUUUGGGGCACAGACCCCUUUAAACUGUCAAACAAUGCACAAAGACUUGAAUUUUUUUCCUCUGAGACUUUUUCACAGACGAUUUUAAUUUCCUUGGGUUAAAUGUGGACCUGGAAACCUGCCCACACUUCCCUCGGGAGUGAUGUGAUAUGUAUAUAUUUGUUUCUAAGUGGCUCUCUUGCAUCAACAGGCUUCUCUUUUGCUGCGGAAUGUGUAUGGUUUAGUGGUCAAUCUUGAAUCCAUUUCAUGAUUUUAAGCUUCUGGAAACCCUUGAACACAGGCCUCCAAGUGGACUCUGUGAAGACCAGGUGCUCCCACCACCAGGUCCUUGUGCUUGACAGUUCACCACGUGCAAGACCUCUGGUGCUGGCUGGGGUGUGAGCAGCCUGCUCCUGGGGCUGCUUUCCAGGGGCCUUUCUUUCCCAGCUCCUUCUCCCAGGAGAGGCUGAGAAAUGCUGCCCUGAGGCAGUUGUUGGGUAGCAUUUUGGGGAUGCUGUAGGAGACAGAAUGGAAAAGUUUGAGCUGUGCUGCACAUCCCAGGAUUGAUCUCUGUGUUCGUGGGAGGUGUUUGUCCAACCUCCAUCUCCCUGCGGCUGCUGCAGGACGUGGGGAGACACCUCUGCUGUCUGGUUGUUGGUCUGCCCUUCCCCACCAGGCCUUGGCAUCUGAAAGGUUUCUGGUUGUCUAAACAGCUCUUUGAGUUCUUUUAACACAGUUUUAGGUAUUUUGUGUGCUACACUCUCUGGUCAGUGAGAUCCUCAAGGUAAUUGGACUCUAGGUCAGGAUUAGCAUUGUACAGUGACGGUGUGUGUUGUUGUGAGGUCUCAAGAAUAUGCUCUUGCAUGUGGAACUGGGAUUUUGUUUUGAAACUCCACAUGCAAAUGUACUGGAAUUUAAGUUAUUCUCGGGACAGUCCUUCUGUGCCAGAAACUAACCUCAGAACUGCAUUUUCUUCAGAAGAUGUUCAUAAUCUCUGUCCUCUGCUAUUUGCUCCAGUUACAGAUCCUGCUUCAAAAUUGAAGCCACAGUUGAUUACUUGAAGUAAUUUGGGACGGAAUUGAUCUGCACUGAUGCCAUCACAGGGUGGGCGCCCAGUCUGUGGAGCGUGUAGGUUGGCUCUGUAUCUGUGGGGAGGGAACACCUGUGGAGGGUGUUCUCAGACACCUGCUGAAGGAUGAAAUCACUCUCUCCCUCACCUGUGGCAGGUAGAGGGGUCACAGGGGGUUUGCCUAGACUGGAUGUCUAAGUUUGGGGCUGAUGGAGUUGAUUGAAAUUAAUUCAUUUAGCUCCUCCUUAGCUGCACUGGAAAAUUUUUGACUUAAAAUGUUUAUGUAUUACAGAUAUAUUACUCUUUUUUUUAUGCAAAAGAGCAGGGCUUGGAAAAGAUUUAUAAUUUGAAACAAACACUCCUGCUGGUCUGUAGUUGUGAAUCCUUUGCACUUGUGUUUUAAAUUAAAGUAGAUCUUGAUUUAUUCAUAA